UCGAAAGCGGAGCCGGAUGUUUGCCGAGCUUUGACAGGCGUGGCAAAGGGAGCAGUGCCCGAGCACGAUUUCUCUUCAGAUUCUGUGGGGUGAGGCUGUGGGGGACAGUCUCAGCUAUGGACCCGCUUACAGAGCUGCAGGACGACCUGACCUUGGAUGACACCAGCCAGGCUUUGAACCAGCUGAAGCUAGCCUCCAUUGAUGAGAAGAACUGGCCUUCGGACGAAAUGCCUGACUUUCCCAAGUCAGAUGACUCCAAAAGCAGCUCCCCGGAACCUGCCACACACCUGAAGUGGGAUGACCCUUACUACGACAUUGCCCGGCACCAGAUCGUGGAGGUGGCAGGAGAUGACAAGUAUGGACGGAAGAUCAUUGUGUUCAGUGCCUGCCGAAUGCCUCCCAGCCACCAGCUGGACCACAGCAAGCUCCUGGGGUACCUGAAGCACACCCUAGACCAGUACGUGGAGAGCGACUACACGCUGCUCUACCUGCACCAUGGCCUGACCAGCGACAACAAGCCCUCCCUCAGCUGGCUCCGGGACGCCUACCGGGAGUUUGACCGAAAGUACAAGAAGAACAUCAAGGCCUUGUACAUCGUGCAUCCCACCAUGUUCAUCAAGACCCUGCUCAUCCUCUUUAAGCCCAUUAUUAGCUUCAAGUUUGGACAGAAGAUCUUCUAUGUGAAUUACCUGAGUGAGCUGAGCGAGCACGUGAAGCUGGAGCAGCUGGGGAUCCCUCGCCAAGUGCUCAAGUAUGAUGACUUCCUGAAAUCCACACAGAAGAGCCCUGCAACAGCCCCCAAGCCCAUGCCACCAAGGCCCCCUCUGCCCCACCAGCAGUUUGGGGUCUCACUGCAGCACCUCCAGGAGAAGAACCCAGAGCAGGAGCCCAUUCCGCUCGUGCUCCGGGAGACCAUUGCCCACCUACAGGCCCACGCUCUCACCACUGAGGGGAUUUUCCGGAGGUCUGCCAACACCCAAGUGGUACGAGAAGUGCAGCAGAAGUACAACAUGGGGCUGCCUGUGGACUUUGACCAGUAUGAUGACUUGCACCUGCCAGCAGUCAUCCUGAAGACCUUCCUCCGGGAGCUUCCUGAGCCCCUGCUCACCUUUGAUCUCUACCCCCACGUUGUGGGCUUCCUCAACAUUGAUGAGAGCCAGAAAGUGGAGGUGACGCUGCAGGUCCUUCGGACGCUGCCUGAGGAGAACUACCAGGUGCUUCGUCUCCUCACUGCCUUCCUGGUGCAGGUGUCUGCCCACUGUGACCAGAACAAGAUGACCAACACUAACUUGGCUGUCGUCUUUGGCCCUAACCUGCUGUGGGCCAAAGAUGCCGCCAUCACUCUCAAGGCCAUUAAUCCCAUCAACACCUUCACCAAGUUCCUCUUGGAUCAUCAAGGGGAGUUGUUCCCUACCCCUGACUCUGAGGGGCUCUGAGCCCAGCUCCUGCCCUCCAGCCCCCUUCUGAUAGCCCCAGUUUGGACUCUUCCUCCUGGCAUCAGCCUUUUAGGAGCCCAGGGCUCCUGCCCAGGAAGGGGUCAUGAGGCCCCAGGAGAUAGACACUGGAGCCAGCCAACUGGGCAGCUCCUCCUCCCCAUUUUUCCAGCCCACCUCACAGGCCCUGGAGGCCUCACUGUUACCAUGAGAUAUUUUUCUUCGCCUUCUCCUUCUCCUGCCUCCUUGGAUCCCUGGUUCCUGCAGGGCUGUGCAGAGCUGGACUUGGCUCUUCCAGAGGACGGGCCCCAGCAACCCCUUUCGUGCUUUCUCCUGCCUCUCCCUGGCAACUGCAGGUGCCAAAAUCACUGCCAGCUGGGAUGGUAGCUGGGGUUGGUCCCCCCCCCCAUGACUGGCGGAGAGUGAAAGGCUGAGCUGGCUUAGGCCUGCUGAGGCUUCUCCGGUCUGGGUGAAGGCAUGGGUCCAAGCACCUUGCUCCUCUCCCCUCAGCCUGGGGUAUUUCCACAGCUAAGGAAUUACAGGCUGAAGUCUGUUUCCUGUUUCUGCCUUUGCUUCCACACAUCCUGGUCAGCUUCUCCCAAGUGGUACUGCCCCCAGGAUGUUCUGAGCCCUUGCUUCUGCCAGGACUGGCAGCUUGGAUGACAUGGCUGAGCCCUAGCAUCCAUUUGAGAUAGACCUGAGAGACCCCUGGUGCCUGAUCAGACACGGUGACUCGGUCUCUGUGCCUUGUCUAAGGACAGCUUCUAGGUCUAAGGCUCUUACAGUCAUGUGUGUUGUGGAGUCACAGUGGUCUCUGCUCUGGCCAGAGGUGACUCAGUGCCUCAGAAUCUGUGGUGACCCCUCCUGCUGGGGACUCCUGGAGACACUGGGCAGAGAUUUUGUUAGUUAGAUCAGCUAGAUGAGUUCUAUCAACCUUCCCCAUGGAGUAUGGGGUCCCAGGGCCCUGUUGUCUUUCAGACAACCUGGACCUUAAUGAUGAUGGCGCUCCCUCAUUCCAGCUGUAUCCUUUAGAAUUACGCUCCUUCCUGGUGAACCCUGGGGACCCACCCCCAUCUCUUUCUAAAGCCCUGACUUCUGGCAGCAGGGAAAUACCUGCACAGUGGCCCUGUACCACGAGGUCCUCACUGACCAUCUGGGCUCCCCCCAGAGCACUGGCAUGUCAGGACUCCCAGUACCUGGUGUGGCUGCUGGUUUUGUCAGUACCUGUCUCUAGCCUGGGUUCGGGCCUCUGCUUUUCUGCCCUCCUUUGUGUAUCAGGUGUUCACAGUCCCGUUUACUGGGGAGCCUGUGGAUCUAUUUGUUCUCUCCCCUGUCCCCUACCCCAC